AUGUCGGGCCAGAAGGCGGCGUUUCCAUUCGGCAGACUUACAGGACUGGAGGAAGGAGUGGCAGCAAGAGCCGUCGCCGGUGGAGAGACCACGGCGAAGGCACCGCGCCCACGGAGCGCGGGACCCGGGAGUCGGCGCUGGCGCGGCACGCCUCGUGUGCCUCGGACCUUUGAGUCGGUGCAAAGCUCCGGUGAGAGCUCCAGACUUCUGGGCCCCAAGCACGCCUCCUUUAAGGAGAAAGCCAAGCAGUUGUUGGAGCAGGACAAGAGCGAGCGACAGAAGGAGCUAGAGCAAGAAGCGGACGGCUUGCUCAGGCGACGAAUCAACGAGGAGCGGAUGCGACGGCCCAAUUUCAUGACCUCAACCCGGGCGAAGCCGAAGACAUUUUCGGAGUUUCCUCUCCUCGGCACCUCUGAAUCGGCAAUCACCUGGUACAUGCAGCACGGGACCGCAAUGGACGGCCACUAG